CAUGUGUCGGCCAGAUCUCACUGCGUUGCCUCGCACAUAUUUUGCAAUAUAAUGUCUGGAACCUGCUCGAGACAUGCCUAAGCGACGCAAUGGGACAAGGCGACGAGAACGAUCGUAUUGUGAUUAACGUGGGAGGUAUCAGACACCAGACCUACCGUAGCACCCUUCGUACAUUACCGGGCACCCGGUUAGCUUGGCUCGCCGAGCCCGAUGCCCACAGUCACUUUGACUACGAUCCCAAGAUUGAGGAAUUUUUCUUUGACCGGCACCCGGGAGUGUUUGCCCACAUCCUCAAUUAUUAUAGGACCGGGAAGUUGCACUGCCCUGCAGAUGUUUGCGGCCCGUUGUACGAGGAGGAGUUGGCAUUUUGGGGUAUCGAUGAGACUGACGUGGAACCAUGUUGUUGGAUGACUUAUCGGCAACAUCGAGAGGCCGAGGAGGCAUUGGAUAGUUUUGGGGGUGGGCCCCCCGAGAAUUCAGAGGAGGAUGGGGAUGAGGAAACGCUGGGAAUGAUCAAUAGGUUGGCUCUUGAUGGACCAGAUGCCAAAUCUGGGGGGCAUUGGCGACGUUGGCAGCGGUUGCUUUGGGCACUCUUCGAGGAUCCCUAUUCAUCUAAAUAUGCAAGGUGGAUAGCCUUCGCUUCCCUGUUCUUCAUCCUGGUUUCCAUCACCACCUUCUGCCUGGAGACACACGAGGCCUUCAACCCCAUCAUCAACCGGACGGAAAUUGACUCGCUGGACAACAGCACGCGGGUCUACCAGGAGACUGAGACCGUGGUUUUUCUCACCUAUAUUGAGGGGGUCUGUGUGCUGUGGUUUACAUUUGAGUUCAUAAUGCGAGUGACGUUCUGUCCGAGCAAGCUGGAGUUUUUCCGUAACACCCUCAACAUCAUCGACUUUAUUGCCAUCAUGCCCUUCUACCUGGAGGUGGGGCUGAGUGGGCUCUCUUCCAAGGCGGCUAAGGAUGUACUGGGUUUCCUACGUGUGGUACGUUUUGUCCGGAUCCUCCGGAUCUUUAAGCUGACUAGGCACUUUGUGGGACUGCGUGUCCUGGGUCAUACACUCCGAGCCAGCACCAAUGAGUUCCUGCUCCUCAUCAUCUUCCUCGCCCUGGGUGUGCUCAUCUUCGCCACUAUGAUCUACUAUGCUGAAAGGAUUGGUGCCAAGCCCAAUGACCCCCGAGCCAGCGAGCACACUCACUUUAAGAACAUUCCUAUUGGAUUCUGGUGGGCGGUGGUGACCAUGACAACUCUUGGCUAUGGAGACAUGUACCCUCAGACAUGGUCUGGCAUGCUGGUGGGAGCGCUGUGUGCUCUGGCUGGUGUGCUGACUAUCGCCAUGCCAGUGCCUGUUAUUGUCAAUAACUUUGGGAUGUAUUACUCCCUGGCGAUGGCCAAGCAGAAGUUACCAAAGAAAAAGAACAAGCAUAUCCCCCGCGCCCCACUUCUAGGCUCCCCCAAUUACUGUAAGUCGGAGGUAACCUCACCUCACCACAGCACGCAAGACGACACAUGGCCCCUGGCCCCACAAGAACCACCAGAAGAGAUCUUAGAAAUAAACAGAGCAGCUCCACAAGCUGUUUUUCAAGAUCCCAAAGUGAACGGGGAAACGUCCAAGGAGUCAGCCAAGAGAGCAGCCAAGGAGUUAACCAAGGAGUCAGCCAAGGAGUCAGCCAAGGAGUCAGCCAAGGAGUCAGCCAAGGAGUCAGCCAAGGAGGCAGAAAAAGCAGCGCUGGCCAAUGAAGACUGUCCCCACAUAGACCAGAUCAUGUCACCUGACGACGGCCAGAUCUUAAGCCCUAUUGACCGGUCCGAGCAGCAGCCCUGCUUCCUGCUGGCCAUGGGCGGGCGGCCAGGCCACACGGCGGCCAGAGUCAGGAAGGCUGGCUCUUCCCAGGGGAGGUCACUGGCGGAGCCGGCGCACCCAUGCCCACCGCUCGGCCCCCAGGGCCCCCAGGGCUACCCUCUGCUGCAGCUAGCUGGGUGGGUAUGUGGCCAAGAGGACGGCCAUGCCACACUCACAACCUGACGCCCCAGCCUCUAACACUAAAGAAUAGCACAAUCAAAGAAUUGCCUUGUUCACCACACCGAGAGAUCCUUACUAUCCUUAUGCUCUACAAUAACAUCAGGCCUUCAUCAUAUCCUCUAGUCUACAGUUACACCAGGCAAAGGCAGGACAAGUGCAAGCCAAAGGCUUCUAUGAUGAAUCAACUCUGAAAAAGAAGAAGAAAAAGCUGCUUCCACAAUUGUUUCAGUAUCAAACUAUAAUGCCUGUGUCAUCCGCAGCUUCUUAAAUUAGCUGCUUUGUGCGUAGGGAGAUGAAUCACAAGCACAUAAUACUGUAUAUUGUUGUCAUGGGCUAAUAGCAUUGCUAAAUCUCACCUGCCAUCAUCCCCAGCCAAGUUCCCAGACACUAGCUAAGACAGAACCUGCUUCAGCCUCCAUACAGUAUACAGUUUCACAUACUUUUUUAUCCUGCCUCUUCUAGUGCACAGUGGAGCUUUUUUUGGUCGAAAGGUCACACAUUCCCACUGUCUCCCAUAGUGAACCGCUCUUUGUGAGCAUGAUCUGUUUUGGGUGGACAAGUUCAGUGACUCUCAAGUGCCAUAACACAAACACAACUGUAAUCCACUGUGUCCACGUCAUGAGACUGAUCCAUUACAUGAAUCGAGUAGGAUGAUCACUAACAGUAGCUAAGAGUACACACUCACUGUUGUAUAUUCUAUGUAAUGUGUUUAUGAAUGUGCUUCUGAGUGUGUGUACGGUAUGUCUGCGACUGUGUCUGUGUGUGAUUGUCUAUGUACAUGUUGCCAAUGGAAAGUGAACCUGUUUCUCUGUUGCUCCAUGUUGGCAUGUG